GCGCAUGUGCGUAACCAUUGCACUAUUUACAUUGUUGGAUGAUCAUACUUUCUUAAUUAUACGAUGGCUGACAAGAUAUGAAUUUGUCAUGGAUCAAUUGCUAAAUGAAAAUUAGUGUCUGAGACAAUGGAUAAUCAUACUGACAGUGAUGAUGCGUCCAGGUUUGUGUCAAUAGACCAGCUUAUACUAGUGUGGCCUCAGUAGGUCACCAUUGGCACUUAUUAAAGGCUCUUAAACUGUUAACAGCUUUAAUGCAACUCUAGUUGACCCAUUUACUGGACAAGGACUUGUGUAUUGCAAAUGAAAAAGAAUGUUAUGCUUGAAGAGAAAAGAGACUGUUUCUGAUGAAGACAAAUGUUUAGAGAACAAGAGAAAACUCCGUAGGGAUGGUGAAAAGUUAAGGCGAGAACGCCUGAACCGGACCCUGGGUUUACUAGCAGAGGAGGUACCCUGGCUGAAACACAGUGAGCGGAGACCAGACAAGAGCAGUAUACUAAAGCUAACAGUCAACUACCUCAAGCUCAAUAUUGGUAUCAAGAAAAGAAACCUGAAUGCUGUUUUACCUUCCUUCCUGAAAGACACAGUCUCUGAGGAAUUCUUAGAAUCAGUAGCUCAUGGAUCCCUGCUCAUUGUGUCGGAGUCCGGCACGAUUUUGUACAUGUCUGAAUCCUUAACACAACGACUGGGCUGGCUUCAGAUUGAUGUGUUGGGGAGCCCAAUCAACAAGAUAUUACACAAUGAGGAUAUUGACUUGUUUAAAUUACAGUUCAACAGGCACAACAACUUUUGUUACACAACAAAACAGUGCUCGGAGACCAAUAAAGCAUACAUAGCAGUGAAUUCUGCAAGGAAAGUUCAUCGUUCAUUUUUUGUGAGAAUGCAGAAUUUACAGCAUGUGUCAGAAAAUACACCAAGGUUUGAAGAGAUGCGGAUUGUUGGACAUCUGCAUUAUCAUGCUCAGGACAGAAAGAAAGUUAGGUCAGUUGUAAAUGAGAGCUGGUUAGUGGGUUCCUGCCAUCCUGUCAAACAGCAAUCCCUAAUCAGUAUGCAAGCUUAUGAGGACAACACCAAUCUGGAAUGGGUAUCCCAGCAUGCAAUGGAUGGGAAACUCUGGUAUCAGGACCACAGGAUAGCCUUGGUGGUUGGAGUGAUGCCAUGUGAACAUGUUGGAAUGUCAGUGUAUGACCUUGUCAACAAGGAUGAUCUCAAGGACAUUGCUUGCAGUCACAUGAAAAUAAUUACCGAUAAUGAGAUACCGUGCACUGUGUUCAGGCUGCAGUCAUUGAAUGGACUGGGUCCCGAUAAAUACAUCAAAGCAAGGUCUGUGAUAGUGAAGGACGCCUGGACCAGGAAAAAUCUCUUCAUCGUCAGCUUAAAUCAAAAUAUCAGUGAUGAAGAAGGGGAGGUGUUACUGAGGGAACAGAGGAAGAGGGUUCAGACACUUAUUGCAGCUACAAAAGGAUUAACACUCCAAGACACAAAUUUUGAUGAGGACAGCAACACAGAUGCAUCAUCUUCAGCAUCUGACAGUAGUCAGCCGGAAUCGCCUGCCUUCAGCGAAUUGACCUCUGAUGUACUCUCUGAACCACGAUACAGUAUAGACUGUCUGAGUGAGGGCGAGUCUCUCUCAGGAGUCAGUGGAAGUCCACCGAAAGGAAGUCCAUCCAACAUCAAAAGUCCACGGAAGAAAGAAUCGCUUCCAUUGUUGAAGAGCCUUCUUAUCCGACCUAACCAAGUGACAGAAUCACUGGAUAAAAUUCUUACAGUGGAGAGCAAGACACAAAAAGACAUCUCCAUGUCAAACACAGAAGUGGCUGGACAAGAAAAUGAGAAAGGCCAAUUAACAGUUUCUGAUGAGGUUGGUGGUGUGUUGACGGAUAUUAAUGACAGCAUACAUGUAGGUAAUGUGGAAAGGGACACAUUGUCAUUGAAUACCACUGAUGUUGUAUGUGAGUCUGUUCCUGGUGUGAAGUUUGCAGGAGUGACAUCAGGGGGAGAUAAGUCUGUUAUAAACAAGCAGUACUUCAUAUCUCAGAUUUCUCAGUUUUUUCCGAGUGUUUCCUCAGGAGGUGUGUUGAAUGCUGACCAGAAACAUUGUGAAAGUAGUGAAAAAAAUGCAAUGUACAGCAGUGCCCAGACAGGUAUCUGUUCACAAGUUACAAAUGUUGGACAGGGCAUGUUGAGCAUGCCAGAUUCUGAAGAUCAUUCAUCAAUGGAAUUCAAGCAUAAAAAUGUAGAAGACUCUUCAUUAAAAGACUACAACAAAAUCCAAUCUCCAACCAUAUCCUCACAAAUAUCACCGCCCAUGAAUACAAAUUGUGUUCAAGACCCAAACAAGAAAAGUAUGGAGUUACAAUUUUACAAGCAGCUUCAGCACAAACACGAGGCUUUGGAGAGGAGCCUGCAAUCCCAGAAUCAGGAGCUGACCACCCUGAAGAGAAACUUGGCUGACCAGCAGCCCAAGGUCAUCGAAAAACUACACCUUCUCCAAAGUGAAGUGGAAAAACAGUUCUCCAUUCUUCAUGGCUUACAGAAUGAAAUGGUUGAGAAAAUGUCCUCUGCAACCCCUUAUGCAGACAUGACAUGACAGAAAGAAAAGCCCGGGAUUCAUUACUCAAAAUGCCAGUAUUAAUUUCAACAGUGAAAUGUACAUUUGUAGUUGAUUUCACUCAGCAAGCCUGAGUUGUCUGUGAAGUGAUUAUUGUCUUUCACCAUACAUUCCUGCCUCACUGACGGUUCCUUAUCACUACAGUAAAACACACUUAUAGUGAAGUGUUGGGGACAAACAAUUACAGUAAAACACACUUAUAGUAAAGUUUAGGGACAAACAAUUACAGUAAAACACACUUAUAGUGAAGUGUUGGGGACAAACAAUUACAGUAAAACACACUUAUAGUAAAGUUUAGGGACAAACAAUUACAGUAAAACACACUUAUAGUAAAGUUUAGGGACAAACAAUUACAGUAAAACACAUUUAUAGUGAAGUGUUGGGGACAAACAAUUACAGUAAAACACACUUAUAGUGAAGUGCUGGGGACAAACAAUUACAGUAAAACACACUUAUAGUGAAGUGUUGGGGAUGAACAAUUACAGUAAAACACUAUUAUUGCGAAGUGCUGGGGACAAACAAUUACACUAAAACACACUUAUAGUGAAGUGUUGGGGACAAACAAUUACAGUAAAACACAUUUAUAGUGAAGUGUUGGGGACAAACAAUUACAGUAAAACACAUUUAUAGUGAAGUGUUGGGGACAAACAAUUACACUAAAACACACUUAUAGUGAAGUGUUGGGGACAAACAAUUACAGUAAAACACAUUUAUAGUGAAGUGUUGGGGACAAACAAUUACAGUAAAACACGAUUAUUGCGAAGUGUUGGGGACAAACAAUUACAGUAAAACACACUUAUAGUGAAGUGCUGGGGACAAACAAUUACAGUAAAACACACUUAUAGUGAAGUGUUGGGGACAAACAAUUACAGUAAAACACACUUAUAGUGAAGUGUUGGGGACAAACAAUUACACUAAAACACACUUAUAGUGAAGUGUUGGGGACAAACAAUUACAGUAAAACACAUUUAUAGUGAAGUGUUGGGGACAAACAAUUACAGUAAAACACAUUUAUAGUGAAGUGUUGGGGACAAACAAUUACAGUAAAACACACUUAUAGUGAAGUGUUGGGGAUGAACAAUUACAGUAAAACACUAUUAUUGCGAAGUGCUGGGGACGAACAAUUACAGUAAAACACACUUAUAGUGAAGUGCUGGGGACAAACAAUUACAGUAAAACACACUUAUAGUGAAGUGCUGGGAACAAUCAAUUUUGAUUCAUUAUUAAACAUAAUUCCUUAUUAUGAUAUUGAAUAAGUUCAUAAUAUGUUUUAAAACUGCAGGGAAUGACAAUCACUUUGCUGUAAGUGUGACUUCAAUAUAAGCAUGCUCACUAUAACCAUGUUAUACUGUAUAGAUGCGAUUCUAUACACCACAAAAUUAAUAUAUCAUUUGUUUUGUCAGCGUAGAGAGAGCACCUGUGUUAAAAUCGUUUUGUUUUUUCUCCAGUUAUUGUAAUGUCUGUAAUUAUUGUUCCUGUGGAUGAAUUUGUAAGUCACACAAUCAUGUAUAGAUCGAUGAUUACACCCUAAUGAGAUCAGAAAUCUGGAGAAUAGUUUUAUUUAACUGUUACUGCACUAAAAGACGUGCAUCUGUUAUGUUUAGAAAUAUUGUACUUCUACUACAGAAGUCUUAUAUAACCCGGUAUUUAUAUUCAUAGGAGAUUUAUUUUGAAGUUUAAAUAUGAACGAAUACUUAUUCUGCAUCAGACAACGAAAAUACUUAAGAUUGCACAGUGCAUUUUUAGGUAUUUAUAACGUAGGGCCAUAAGAUAUGUCUAGGAAUGACCUUGCAAUUAUCAAUCUUGUUUGUGCUAACAUUUGGAAAAUGCACUAAACAUUUUUAGCUCACCUGAACCGAAGGUUCAAGUGAGCUUUUCUGAUCACAUUUUGUCUGGCGUCCGUCUGUCUCUCCGUCUGUCUGUAAACUUUUCACAUUUUCAUCUUCUUCUCAUGAACCACUGGGCCAAUUUCAACCAAACAUGGCCAAAAGCAUCCUUUGGUGAAGGGCUUUCAAGUUUGUUCAAAUGAAGGGCCAUGUCCCUUUCAAAGGGGAGAUAAUCACAAAAAUGCAAAAAUAAGGUGGGGUCAUUUAAAAAUCUUCUUCUCAAGAACCACUGGGCCAGAAGAGCUGAAAUUUACCUGAAAGCUUCCUGACAUUUUACAGAUUUAAGUUUGUUCAAAUCAUGGCCUCCGGUGGUAGAAUGGGGCCACAAAGGGGGAUCAAAGUUUUACAUACAAAUAUAUAGGGAAAAACUUUAAAAAUCUUCUUCUCAAGAACCACUAAGCCAGAAAAGCUGAGAUUUACAUGAAAGCUUCCUGACAUAAUGCAGAUUCAAGUUUGUUCAAAUCAUGGGCCCCUGGGGUUGGAUGGGGCCUUAAUAGGGGAUCAAAGUUUUACUUACAAAUAUAUAGGAAAAAUCUUUAAUAAUCUUCUUCUCAAGAACCACUGAGCCAGAAAAGCUGAAUUUUACAUGAAAACUUUCUGACAUAGUGCAGAUUCAAGUUUGUUCAAAUCAUGGCCCCCGGGGAUAAGAUGGGGCCCCAAGGGGGGAUCAAAGUUUUACACACAAAUAUACAUGUAUAGGGAAAAACUUUAAAAAUCUUCUUUUCAAGAACCACUAAGCCAGAAAAGCUGAGAUUUACAUGAAAGCUUCCUGACAUAGUGCAGAUUCAAGUUUGUUCAAAUCAUGGGCUCCGGGGGUUAGAUGGGGCCACAAUAGGGGAUCAAAGUUUUACAUACAAAUAUAUAGGAAAAAUCUUCUUGUCAAGAACCACUGAGCCAGAAAAGCUGAUUUUUACAUGAAAACUUUCUGACAUAGUGCAGAUUCAAGUUUGUUCAAAUCAUGGCCCCCGGGGGUAGGAUGGGGCCACAAGGGGGAUCCAAGUUUUACAUACAAAUAUAUAGUUAAAAUCUUUUUCUCAAUAACCACUGAGUCAGAAAAGCUGAUAUUUACAAGAAAACUUUCUGACAUAGUGCAGAUUCAAGUUUGUUCAAAUCAUGGCCCCUGGGGGGUAGGAUGGGGCCACAAGUGGGGGGGGGGUCAAAGUUUUACAUACAAAUAUAGGAAAAAUCUUCUUCUCAAGAACCAUUGGGCCAAAGAAGUUGACAUUUACAUGAAAGCUUUCUGACAUAGUGUAGUUUAAAGUUUGCAAAGGGUACUUUGGACCAAAAUAGGGAUUAAGGUUUUACAUGCAAAUAUAUAUGGAAAGUCUUCAGAUAUGGGCCAAGGUGACUCAGGUGAGCGAUGUGACCCAUGGGCCUCUUGUUUAUACUGAAGACUCAUUAAAUAUCACACCUGAAGAAAUGUAGCACAUAUUUGUUGCUCGUUUUCAGUAAUGUAUUAGAAAUUCAUCUAUUUUUUUCAAUUAUUCAACUUAUUCAGAGUAUAGAAAAUCUAAUGAACAUUAGUUAAGGAAAAACAAGAGCUUUUCUUGAUGGGCAUUGCUAAGGCAAGCUUGACACCCAAUCCCAAGUAAUUUUCAAUCAUUGCAUUUUUAUCUAGUUAUUUCUUUGAUUUUAGUACAUAAUGGUAUCAAUAUUUUUCACAACUCUAUAUCCAUAAUAUUCCUGUCCGUUUUAUUAAGAACAGAUUUCUUUGGGUAAGGUGAGCCCUUUCCAUUGUUAGUCAUUUCUCGUACAUAUCAUAAAAUUGAAAGUCGUUCUGUGGGUAAUAUCACAUACACACCAUCAAUUAAGUGCUCAUUGUUAAAUCUUGUGUUAGUGCUAUAUUUGAAUUCUAUGAUUGUUAUCUAAUUUAUAUUGUUUAAACCAUUAAAUGGCAGCUGCUUUAAGUGAGGUACUCGGUAUGACGAGUUAUCAGGGAUGCUUAUAGUGUUGAAAUCGUUGCAAUCGUACAGGAAGUACUCUUUUGAUGUUAUCUAUGCUAGCAAGGUUAAGAGGGGAGAUGUUAGUUACUUGCGCAGCAGUUCCGUGAUUUAUCUAUGUGAAUAAGUACAUGCACUGUGUAUAUAUUGUACACUAAUUUUCAUUUUGUGCAAGGAAAUUGUGAUAAUUUAAUCAGCGACGCGGGUCUUAUGCAUCUGUAUUUUUUUGUAUCUGUAUUAAUUUUAAACUAGUGUGACUCACUAAGUACUCUAGGUAUGUUAUGUACUGUGAAGUGAAGUUUUUGAAUAGAGGACUUCAGGUCUUAUGCAUGACAGCUAGCCUUUGUUUUUCAACUUUUAAGUAACUAUUGUGAUAUUUUGUUUUGAAUGUGGCAGUUUAUUUUAACUCUGUCACAUAGCUAUUUCAAGAAACAAGAUUGCUUAUUUCAAAAUUAAGCAUAUUACUAUAUUUUAUCAUUUUCAUUGAUUAUUAUUAUCUUAAUAUCAUAUAUAUUUAUUAUAUUGUUCAUACAUUGUUUAAUUUGUGAAUGGAAGAAAUUUUUUUUUUUGUAAGCUGUUCUUUUUGACUUGAUGCCUACUAAUAGUGUUUGUGUAUGUUUAUUAUCAUGCUGUUGUAGACUUUCCAGAAAACGAACGUUUGAUAAAAACCUACCGAGUCAUUAAAUGCCAAAAUAUAAAAUAUCCACAUAAAUUUUCAAAUGUCUAUUUUUUGAAACAAAUAAGGAUGGAUUCUUGUCAUUAUUCACACUGAGACAAUUAUAAUAUUAAAAGAUUGCACAUCAUGUGUGCAAGUCUUCCUUCAGUUUUACUUCAACAAUGGGUCAAAGAGCCACAUUAUAACUUUUAACUCUACACCUCUAGUGCAUAAAAGAUAAAAAAAAAAAUAUGUUAAAUGUAUUAUGAAAGUGUUAUAAACUUCUUUUAGAUACAAUUAAUGUCAGUAGUUCUCAUGGAAUUUCAAGAUCCUCUGACAUGAAGUGUUUGUGACCUAGGCUUAAAUCAACACGGACACAGUGACAAUUGUGACUCUUUUUUUGAGGGGGGGGGGGGGGGGGGGGGGGGGGCUUCUUUUUACUUUUAUUUAAAAUGUUCUGAAGUUCUUGCUUGUAAAAUCAUAUUUCCAUGUGUUCAAUUCAUGUGAGAGGAAUGCAUCCUUAAUCAUGUACACGUAUAUGUUAGUGCCCUGACAUGCAGGAACUAUUUCAAAGGGAGUGCGAGGCAAUAUUUCUCAGAUGCUAUUUAAUUACUAAUUUAUGAAAAUUUUAAGUGUUUGCACAUUGGAGGAAAAUUGUUGUGCUGUUUUUCUGAGAUCUAUUUUUUAUGCCCCAAUAAUCAGAUUUGGGGGCAUGUAGUUUUUGGUUUGUGUGUCCUUAAAAACUUUAAUCUUAAUUGCCCAUAACUUUUGAAUGGCUGGUGAAAGGGCUUUCAUAUUUAACAUGUAUAUUCCUUGUGACAAUACCUUUCUUUUUGUACCAAAAUUCUUGACCUUAUGACCUUCAUUCUGGAGUUCAACCUUGAAAAACUUGAACCUUGACCAUAACUUUUGAAUGGUUGGUGAUAGGGCUUUCAUAUUUAAUAUGUGUAUUCCUUGUGACAAGACCUUUCUUUUCAUACCAAAAUUCGUAACCUUAUGAACUUCACUCUGGAGUUUGACCUAAUUUGAAAAACUUUAACCUUGGCCAUAACUUUUGAACAGGUAGUUAUAACUAAGGCUUUCACAUUUAACAUGCAUAUCCCUUUUGACAAUUAAUCAAGACCUUUUUUUUGUACCAAAAUAUUUAACUUCAUGAUCUUGAUUUUAGAGUUUGACCUACUUCUGAAUAACUUUAACCUAGGCCAUAGCUUUUGAAUGGUUAGUGAUAGGGCUUUCAUACUUCCUUGCGACAUGACCAGAAUUAUUUCGCUGCCAUACGGGGACAUCAGUGUUUCACAAACACAUCUUGUUUUUGAUAUUUCUAAAUACGGAAUAUCGGAACCAUUAUUUCAUCUCCGAUUCCGUCCUAGUUUUAAUAUUUAGGAUGUUUAACGAGAUCACGUUUUCUGCGUUAACUUGGGCAACUUUUCAGUAAACAAGCACAUGUUACUUAUUUACUAUCAGAUAUAUAGCGAGUUCAGCCACAUUUUAGAAAGUUGAGGGGUGGAAAACAAACGAAGAAAAAAAUGCCGUUAUAUUUAUAUGAAACAUCUUAGCAAGAAAAGCAGUUCUGCCUUAACCCCUAAAUCAUAAGGGAGGGGGGGGGGGGGGGGUAUUCUUCAGUUCAUGAGUUGAACUCGUCGAUCCAACCUUGCAUUUCCACUACCCUUCACCGCUACUGUAUCAAGUGACCAGUUAAUGAAUCGAUCUUUGCAUGUACUAAUAACAAAAUUCAAUGUUGUAUGUGAUAAUUAAACACAAUCUCAGGAAAGGGGGGGGGGGGGGGCUACAUGUUACUGCAUGUACGUUUUUGGAGAUCAAUUUAUAAAUAAUUUAUUGUGAUUAAUUAAUUAUAUCAUUUCAUAGCAGUCGGUUGUUUGAAUGACUCGAGAAAAUCUCAUAAAGUAAAUAUCCACAAAAGUGCAUACGGCGUAGGAAAUAGACUUUUUCUUUUGUUUUAUCUCUUCUACCAAACAUCAGAAAUUUAAUCCAAUAACUCAUGUUUUGGUACUAGGACAUUCACUUGCAACAUUCUGAAAAAUAACCUUCAAACCAGACAGAUAUUUUUGUAUCCGAAAUGAGUUGUCUUUAGCCAUAUCACUAAUUUGUAUACAAAAGUUAAAAUUGUCCAAUUUAAGUGACGCAUAAUUUUUCGUAACUUCUUUCUCUAAAGAGUUCCAAAAUUUUCUAGAUCCGAUAUCCCGUAUUCAUGUGCAUAAAUGGUUGAAAAUGAUUCAUUUGUCAAAUGGUUUGGAAAUAGCUUUAAAUUUGGAAUAUGGUAUCCAAACUGAUGCCGGCCAUUACUUUAAAUGUUUCUAUUCAUUAUAAGGUGUUUGUAAGAUAAAAAACAAUAAGAACAAAAUGAAAUUUUAAAGUGCAUCGUGUUAAACAUGUAAAGUGUGCAGCUACGUUAAAAUUUCUAGUUAUUUCAUUCUUAGACUCAGUUUAUAUAUAAAUCAUUUUUUCAUAGUCAAGCAAAUUUUGAUUUGGAAUUUGCAUAGACUCGCAUUGCAGCAUUAGUUGCCAAUGUCAUGUCAGUAAAUAAAUACUAGAGUAUCAUGUAAAAUGGUAUCAAUUUAGUUAUCUGGCAGUAAAUAACUUUCAUUCCUUAGCAGUUUGGAGUGGGACUGUUAAAUUGAUAUAGUACAACAUAUUUUUCAUAAAAUUAAAAAUACUAAUCGUGUCAUUUGGGGGAUGAGAUAAACUCAUACAAUUUUGAUAAUUUUACACAAAUUAAAAAAAAUAUAUCUAUUGCAAUUUGCGUUAAUUUCACAAUUUACCAGUAAAUACCGUGACAAUUUUAAAUAAGAUGUGUUAACCCCAUGUGUAUCCUAUAGAAUGUGUCGUGUCGAAUAUCAAAAUUUCUGAAUGUUGUGAAAUGUAUCAGUCUAAUUUAAUUUCAAGUUGAUGUUGAGAUCAAAUUCACCACCAGCUUUACAAUUGGUUAAAGUUUUCAUCACUGUCACGAGAAAUUAAUGGACAUUUCAUUGAUCAUUAAUUUUACUCACUAAUCACAAGUGAUUACACCCUUCUUUGACGUUAAUCUGUCCAGACACACCAGCUCAUUCCAAUGUUUUGUUGAAGUAUUGUUAUUGUAUGUUGAUACAAAAGGCAAUUAUACUAUUAUAUUUGAUGAAUUGUGAAAUAAAUGUGAUUGUUGAUCGUA